AUGGCUAAUGAAAAAAAGAAAGUAGACUCAAAUCUAAAUGUUCUUCGAGACAAUAUCGAUAAACUUGAAACUGGUUAUGAAAAAUUACGUAUAGAUAUUAAUUCAAAAUUAAAUGAAUACAGCAAUUGUAUUGAAUCAGCUAAGCAACUAUGUCAUCAAACAAUAGAAAUAAAUACAAUCCCAGAAGACAAAUUAUUUAAUACAUCAAAUGAAGAAAAAGAAUGGAAAGAUAUCAAAGCUAAAUUAGCAACAACAUCGAUUCAAGGUAAAAUUUUACUUGAUGUCGGAGGCGAGAAAUUUUCUACAAGUGUUGAGACAUUAAUACGUGAAAAAAAUUCAUUCUUCACUGCACUUUUCUCUAAACAGUGGCACCUCGAAAGAGAUUCUAAUGAUAAAAGUAUAUUUAUCGAUCGUGAUGGAAAAUUAUUCAACUAUAUCCUAGCAUAUUUAAGAACAAAUAAAAUAUCCAGUGAUGUAUGGAACAAUGAUUCACUUCGUCGACUUCUUAUUACAGAAGCCGAAUAUUUUCAUUUACAUAAUCUGAGAGAUAUAUUAACGGAUGUACUGUUUUCUAAUGGAACGUUACUACAACAAGAACAUAAGAAGAAGCUAAAUGAAUUUUAUGGCACGAUCAAUCAACAAUGGGUAUUGAUUUAUAAAGCAUCAUGUAAUGGAUUCGAUACAAAUGCAUUUAAUUCACGUUGUAAUCAUCAAGGACCGACAAUGACGAUUAUUCAGUCAAAGAAUAAUUAUCUUUUCGGAGGUUAUACAGCUAUUCCAUGGACUUCAGAUAAUUACUCAUACAGGAAUGAUGCCACAGCAUUUUUAUUCACUUUAACUAAUCCUCACAAUAUUCCACCAACUAAGUAUAUCAUUAAUCCUAACAAGACACAAUACGCAGUUUAUCAUCGUCAUGAUUAUGGUCCUACAUUCGGAAGUGGUCACGAUAUUUUCCUGACAAAUGCUAGUAAUUCGAACAUUUUAAACUACACUGAGUUCCCUGGAUCAUAUCUCGAUACAACUGGAAAAGGAAAUGCUACAUUUACUGGAGCUCGUAAUUUUACUGUAUGUGACAUUGAAGUGUUUAAAUUAGCUUAA